CCGAUGUCCGGUAAUGACCCAGUCCCGAGCCCUCAGACACCGACACCACUCAAGAGUGGUUUGACCGAGUUCGGCGACCGCUUCCCCCACCCGUUCACGUCCAACGACGAUGGAUCUUGGGGAAGCGUAGACACUAUCGCUUGGAGGGAUCGACCCAGGACGCUUGUCGAACUGCGUAUAUGCAGCCUAUCCGCGAGUCUCCGCGAGAAACCACGAUGGUACGAGAAGUUCAAGGACCCGAGCAUCCAGCAGAAGUGGAGAGAAGAGAUCGUCACGCAGCAGGAGGGUCUGCCGAGGAACCUAGUCCUCACAUCGAACAUGAUCGACUAUGUAAUGGGUGAAUUGGCUGCAUACGCAUCACUGAGGGACCCCGAAACAGGGAUAGAGCCGGGUCCUUACGAUCGCAUCUGGAAGUCAGACGAGUUGAUUCCGGAGCAUCUUCGGAAUGAACUGUCGGACGCGAUUGCUCCGCUGGAGAAUGUCCCCGACAACCAGAAGGAUUGGCAUCCUCGUUCGAACGGUCAAGUUCUCGACCUUGUCCAUCCAUCCCUGUAUCCCGUCGUUUACGGUACGACGGUCGACGCCUCCGGAAACGUGGUCGCUGCUCCCGCAUCAGAGCUCUCCGAAGAAGGCGACGAAUUCUGUUCCGACCAGUUCCAAUGGCUGCCGUCCGACUUCGCGUUCAAGGCGGACAAGAAGACCGUGGAGCUGAUCUCGCCCUACGUGAACAACAUCCACAUGUCAGACCACCGCAAGCUCUACGAUGUCAUCCCGAGGCUGCUUGAGAGAGCUGUGCCCAUGUUCGAUCGCGUGCUAUCGGAUUUACGAAGGGAAAAUGAGUUGCCAUUCAGAGUCGGCGGACAUGAUGGUCCGGACUGCAUCUGGGAAGACGAUGAUAUCCCGGAGAUGCCUGAGGACGUUCAAGAUGAGGAUUGGCCGCUGCUCCCCGAGUAUGAUAUCAACCUGCCCGACGCAUCGCCGGAAUACAAUGGCGGUCUCAACGACGUGAAGGUCACUGAACGACUAAGCACCUGGAAGGGGUUCCAGGUCAUCGUCAAACUUGCGAACAUCGUAUUGACCCCGGAACAACCUGUAUAUGAGGGAGGAAGCUGGCACGUCGAAGGCAUGAAGAACGAAAGCAUAGUCGCUUCCUUCAUUUACUACUACGAUUGCGAGAAUAUCACACAAUCCAGUCUUGCCUUCAGAAACGCGACAUCUGAACCGGAAUAUCACCAGCAGAGUGACUCCGAAUGUAUGCACAUAUUGUACAACUAUGGACAGUUCGAAGCCUGCUCUCAGGAAAUCGGUGAAAUUCCAACUAAAGAAGGGCGCGCCAUUGCAUUUCCAAACAUCUACCAGCACCGUGUUGGUAACUUCGAGCUGAUUGACAAAUCUAAGCCUGGUCACCGCAAGAUCCUGGUGUUUUUCCUCGUUGACCCCACGGUGACGGUUCCGAGUGCCUCUACGAUUCCCCUUCAAAGGAAGGACUGGAUUCAUCGCGCCAUCGCAGAGGCUACGGCGGACCCGAGGUCGUUGUGGAGCAAGUUGCCCGUAGAGGUCAUCGACAUCAUUCUGGACCACUCCCAUGCGAUAUCUUCGGAGAGCGCUGCGCAGAUCCGAGAGGAACUAAUGGAUGAGCGCACCCAGUUUAUCGAGGUGGUCGAUGGCGGACGGUUCAACCAUCCCUUCAACUUGUGCGAACAUUGACAGACCAUAAGUUUCAAAGUUGUUAUUAGCCUGCGACGCGCAGAUCUUCAAGGAAGAUGUUGUACAUGGAGAGUACCUAAGUAGUCGUCCGACACAGUGAAUUACAUGAUUCCGUUAUGCG